AUGGCUGAACCUCAGACAGAAGAUGUAGCAGAUGAUGGGGAGCAGGUAUUUGAAGAAGGGCAGGAAAAAGGUUUGACAUCACAGAGUUUAGCACACGAUGCGAUGCACAUCAGUCGGAGAGCUUAUUGCUCAGAGGGUGGAGUCAAGGUUGCUGGAGUGAUGGAAGGAGGGAGGGGCUACAAGAGCAUGGGAGCAGAGCUCCAUCCUACAGAGACUGGGUGGGCAGGCAGAAGGUCAGAGGGGGACACUGCUGGUGAGUGGCACAGCGGGCCGGAGGUGGGAGCUAGUGAGAGCGCCAAUCCCCGCACAGUAACCCUUAGCAGUGCCCCUCCCUCCCCGUUGCCCCAGGAAGAUGAGCUGGAAGGUUUCAGUAGAACAGGCACCAGCCCUGGCAAUGAGGAGAUGGAGAACUCCAUGCCUCCCUUAGAGAUUACCCUUGAACCUGAGAACAACGCCCCUCACAGCAGCACGUCAUCCCUGCACCCCAUCACUGCCCAGAGCCCAGCUGACCAUGAGGACUGGGAUGAUGUGGAAGAGGAGGAUGGUAUCCAGUGUGAAGAGCUGUCUAUGAAGACACCUGCGUUUGUCAGAGAGAAGAGGAAUGCUCUGCCCAUUGACCCCCUGGCCACACCCACUGUUCUCAAAAACCUUCAACCAAGUGUUUCAGCUGGUGCUGCAGCUGCGUUGAAGCCCAAAGCGGUGAGGGGAAAGCGGGCUGGAUCAGCCAAGAAGGACCCUGGUCUCCCUAAGAGCUACAUCAUGAGCGUGUUCAAACACUUCGCCAAGACCAAGGUGUCUACAGAUGUCUACCCUGUCCUAAAGGAGAUAAUGGAGCGCUACUUUGACCGACUAGCUGAUGACUUGGAGACGUUUGCUGCUCACGCCAAGAGGAAGACCAUUGAGGUGGAGGACGUAGAGCUGCUGAUGCGGAGACAGGGGUUUGUGACUGAUAGCAUGCCGGUGAAUGUGUUGAUAGAGAAAUAUCUCCCAAUGGAAUCCCGAAAGCUCCUCAUUCCUGUGGCAACAAGUGGUAACUACGUCAUUCCCAAACCGAGGAGAAAAUGAUUGGCCUAUAUUGAGAAUGAUCAGCCCAAAUCAUACUGUUGUGGGCUGAUGUUGUAUAUUUGAUUGAAUAUCUAUUAACAGCUGUUCAUUUAUUAUUUGUAGACGCUCAUUCAAACACAUCCAGGACAAGACCAUGUAACCUGGUGUAAAUGUGUUGUAUUUGUUUGAAGAUGGCAUUGUGUCUUUUGUUUGUCAAAUAUCACUGCAAUAAAAUUGAUUUGAUUUAAUCAGUA